AUGAUGAUAUUAUUUCUAACAAAUAUAAUCAUUGCUAUUGAAUAUGAUAAUUAUUUAGUUCAUUUAUGGGCUUGUCAUGGUUAUCCAUAUUUAUUUCUUGUUAUCAUUAAUAUAAGUAUUCUAAUAACUGCAGUUAUCGCUAUUGAAAGUGUAUUAAAUCGAUACUUUAGUAUUGAUCGAUUUCGUUCUCGUAAAUGUACUUUAUUCGUUUUAUGUGGUCUUUUUAUUCUUGUUUUAAUAUUAAAUCUGGAUAAAAUAUUUGCUCGACAUUUAAAACGAGAUCAAUCAAGUCUUUUAUUUUGUGCUUAUGAAUAUCCUUUACAACAAUUUUGGUUUUACAUGAAUAAUUCUACAUUUUAUUUUUAUAUAUUUAUUCCAUGUAUGAUUCACUUAAUAUGUAUGAUAUUUAUUUUCUCAAAAAUAAAGCAACAAAAACAAAAAUGGUAUCGAAAACUACAUAUCUGUAUCGAUAAUCUUUUUCCAUCGUUUGUUAUGAUUCUGUGUUUAUGUAUAUCUGCUUUAUUUCAAUAUUUAUUCGAUUCUUGCAUAAUAUAUUCAAAUAGAUUUUAUAUACGCCUUCGUAUUGGAUUUUUAUUAAUACUUUACAUUCCACAUAUAUUUACAUUUUUAAUUUAUGUAUUGCCUAACAAAUCUUAUUUAAAAGAAUUUCAACAAUCAUGGAUUUAUCGCCUAUUUUGCUGCAGUUGUUGUUUAGCUGAUAAACAACGUCAAAUACAAGAAUUUCAAAUUCUACACAAUUUAUGGUACCGACGAACAUCAUUAGAAAGUGUGAUGACAAUAUCAAGUCUGAAUGACUUUUUUGUUAACAGUGAGUUUUACAAAAGCAUUAAAUUGGAACUUUAA